CUUUCAACUGAGACGGAUAUUGCUUUGCUGUCGUUACUAAGAUUUCCUUAUACUUCAUCCAAUAAGGAAAUGUAAUUUGCCAUUUUGGAGGCUUCAUUUUUUUGGUGGAAUUUGGAUUUCAACGCUGUAAUCCAAGUUGGGAGGAUGGGAGCAGCAGGACAAAGGCGAGGUCUCUUUCGCUGCAUCAUAUUGGUUUGUUUGGAGCAGGUUGCAGCACAGAUCAAAUACUCCAUCGCAGAGGAAGUCAAAGUGGGAACCGUGGUGGGGAAUGUCGCCAGGGAUUUGGGAUUGGACGUCAGCACGUUGGCGGAGAGACGGUUUCGUAUUGUUUCAGGAGCAGAGGAGGCUCAGUUUGAGGUAAAUGUGAACAAUGGCGUCCUCUUUGUGCGUAAAACCGUCAACAGAGAGGAGUUAUGUGAGAGCGUCUCUCCAUGCUUAGUUAAUCUGAAAUUUGUUGCUGAAAACCCCAUGGAAAUACAUCAUGUUAGUGUAGAAAUCUUAGAUAUAAAUGACAAUUCACCCACUUUUCAAGAGGAAGAAUUCAUCUUUGAAAUUCCUGAGUCCACUCUUCCGGGUAGACGCUUUCAGUUACCCAUUGCACACGACCCAGAUGUUGUCACUAAUGCAGUGCGUGUGUAUAAAUUAAAUACAAAUGAAUAUUUCAGUACAGAAAUUAGGGAGAGAGCUGACGACAAGGUGCCAUUCUUAGUUUUACAAAAGUCUUUGGACCGAGAAAAAUACACCGAGCAUAGGCUCAUUCUUAGUGCCGUUGACGGUGGGAAUCCACCCAAAUCUGGAAGUCUUAACAUCACACUGAAAGUGCUUGAUUCAAAUGAUAACCACCCGACAUUCACGCAAGACGUCUAUUCUGUAACUUUAUCCGAAAAUGUAAACCCUGACAAAAGCAUCAUCCAGGUGGAAGCAACUGAUCUAGACGACGGACUAAACGGAGAAAUUGAAUAUUACUUUGGAGGACAACUUGAUUCCAAAAUCUAUGAAAUGUUCAGUUUGGAUAAAAACACUGGUGAAAUAAGUGUGAAGGGCCAAAUUGAUUUUGAGAAGGCAGAUGUUUAUAAAUUAGACAUCCGCGCCACAGACAAAGGACAACCGCCGAUGAGUACCGAUUGCCGAGUGAUCAUUAAAAUAGUGGACGAAAAUGACAACCAACCCGAAAUAGACGUGACAUCUCUGUCAAAAACGGUAGCAGAGGAUUCAAAACCCGGUACUGUCAUUGCUCUUAUAAGCAUCACCGACAAAGACGUGGGACUGAACGGGAAAGUCAUAUGUAGACUGUCAAAAAAUGUCCCAUUCGAAUUAAAACCUUCCUUUCAAGAUAACAUGUACUCGCUGGUUCUGAAAGACAGGCUGGAUCGAGAAUUAGUGGCAGAUUAUGACAUCACAAUCACAGCGACAGACUGUGGUCAACCUCCUUUGUCCACUUUUAAAAUUCUGCAUGUCGACGUGUCAGACGUUAAUGACAAUAUUCCAACCUUUACGCAAAGUCCAAUUGAACUUUAUUUACUGGAAAAUAACGUGCCAGGGAAGUCCAUAUUUUCGGUCACCGCAUUCGACAAAGACUUGAAUGAAAAUGCGGCACUGACGUAUCAAAUUAACAGAGAAGGGCGGCAAGGUAAAAUGUCAACAUUUUUAAACAUCAACCCUGAGAAUGGUGAAAUAUCAGCACUAAAAUGUUUUGACUUUGAGACGCUGAAAAGUUUCCAAUUCCAAGUGGUGGCCACCGAUGGUGGAAGUCCUCCACUGAGCAGCAACGUGACAGUGAAGGUGUUCAUUCUGGAUCAGAACGACAACGCUCCAGUCAUCCUGUAUCCAGUCAGCUCCAACGGUUCUGCCGAAGGGGUGGAGGAAAUUCCCCGGAAUCUGAAAGCAGGAGACUUGGUGACUAAAGUCCGAGCCUAUGAUGCUGAUAUCGGAUAUAACGGCUGGCUGCUGUUUUCACUGCAGCAAGUCAGCGACCACAGCCUGUUUUCGUUGGAUCGCUACACGGGUCAGAUCCGAACACUUCGCUCCUUCACGGAGACGGACGAGGCUGAGCAUCGAUUGCUCAUCCUGGUCAAAGACAACGGCAACGUUUCGCUCUCUGCAACAGCGACUGUGACUGUCAAGCUUGUCGAGCCCAAAGAAGCUUUUGCGGCUUCCGAUGUCAAAAGUGCAGCAAAAGAGGACGAAGAGGACAAUGUGACUUUUUAUCUCAUCAUCACCUUGGGCUCGGUGUCGCUCCUUUUUGUCAUCAGCAUCAUCGUGCUGAUCGCCAUGCAGUGCUCCAAAUCCACAGAGUACACUUCCAAAUAUCUGCAAGACGCCAAUUAUGACGGCACGCUGUGUCACAGCAUCCAGUACAGAUCAGGAGAGAAGCGCUACAUGCUCGUCGGACCCAGAAUGAGUAUCGGUUCGACCGUAGUCCCGGGCAGCCACGCCAACACUCUGGUGCUCCCUGACAGGAGACACACUUCGGGGGAGGUAAGACAGACAUGUUUUUUUACUUUGAUAAAUGCUUACAAUAGACAUGAAGUGCAGCCCCAAGACUUUGGUGUGAAGGUGCAAUUUGAUCCACAUUAA